AUGCAGCAACACCAUCAAGAGAAGGCAGGCAUCUACUACGACCAACCCGUUCUUUCUAAGGAGGACGUCACGACAAAUGUGCAGGAUGCUUACAAUAACCACGACCGUGACAAGGGCGCCCACUGGGAGUUCCGCGACCAGGAACUCGCCACGACAGGCGAGGGCGACCACGGCACCAAACGUGCCCUGUCCACGCGCGUCUGUUCGAUGAUUGCUAUCGCUGGUACGAUUGGCACCGGUUUGUUCCUCUCCUCAGGAGCUGCCAUCGCACAGGGAGGUGCCGUUGGAUGCUUCCUCGGCUACCUGGUCAUGGGUAUCAUCAUCGGUUGCAUGAUGUACUGCUUGGGCGAGCUCAUCUGCUUCAACCCCACCAUCGGUGGCUUCUCCGAGCUCGGAGCGCGUUACGUCAACGAGAGCUUUGGGUUCAUGCUCGGCAUGACUUAUUGCUUCACUGUCGGCCUUUCCGUCCCGUCCGAGCUGUCAGCCAUCGCCGUCCUCAUCGGGUACUGGGACGAUAAUGCUAAGCACGCUGCAAUCUACAUCACCGUCUUCCUCUUCGUCACCUUGGCCGCCAACAUGUUCGGCGUUCGCUGGUGGGGCGAGGUCGAGUUUGUCAUGGGUGUGAUCAAGAUUACCAUGCUCCUCGUUCUGAUCAUCUUCGGCCUUAUCGCCAACCUCGGCGGCAUCCCGGGACACAAAGUCUUCGUUGGCGGCAGGUACUGGCGCGAGGCUCCCUUCAACCCGUCCUACCUCGGCAUCGGGAACAAGAACCUUGCCAGCUUUGUGGGCUUCUGGAGUGUCCUUACCCGCGCUGCCUUCUCGUUUGCCGGUAUUGAGGCAAUCGCCAUGGUAGCCGGAGAGGCCAAGAACCCGCGCAAGACCCUCAGGACAUGCGUCCGCACUGUUUUCUACCGUAUCGGCGGCCUAUAUGUCAUCUCGAUCCUCAUCCUGAGCCUCAAUAUCCGCUACGACGACCCAGAGCUGAUCGCGGCGAACAAGAACAGCAGCACUGCGAACCGCUCGCCGUUCGUUUUGGUCGCGAAGCGCAACGGUGUGGACGCGCUUGCCCACGUAAUCAACGCUGUUGUUAUCACGUCGGCGUGGUCGGCGGGAAACGAGAGCCUGUACGCGUUCGCUCGCACGCUCAUGGGCAUGACGCGCAACGGUUGCGGUUUCAAGUGCUUCCUCUGGACCACCAAGUCUGGUGUCCCAUGGGUUGGCGUUUGCCUAGGUGCGGCGUUCGGCCCCCUCGCUUAUCUCUCGCUCUCGGACGGCGCCAGCAAGGCGUUCGACUGGCUCUCGAACCUCACCGCGCUGCUCAAGCUCGUGUGCUGGGCGUCGAUCUGCUUCUGCUUUGUUCGGUUCAAGAAGGCGUGCGACCGCCAGGGUGUCGACCGCCACCAGUUCACUCUCCGCUCCUGGGCACAGCCGUACAUGGCUUGGUUCUGUAUCGUCGGCUUCCUGCUCGUCAUCAUCUUCAACGGCCUCAAGGCGUUCAUUCCCAAGUUUGACUACGAGGAGUUCCUCGCCGCCUACAUUUCCAUCCCCUUCGUCAUUGUCUGCUGGGGUGGCUGGCAGAUCUACCGCCGCGACCGCUGGAUCCCAAUCGACGAGAUUGAUCUCAGCGCUGGUCCGGCUGCCUCUCUGGUCGGCACCAAGUAUGCUCGCGACUUGGCUUAG